CAGGGAGCGUGGUCCGGCCAGGGAGCGGGAGCGAGGAGCGAGGGUGCUGCGGAGAGCGGCAGAGGCAGACAGAGCCCAGUGCGUUCCCCUUCUCAGACCGGGUGGCCAGCAUGCUGGAGGGCAGCGGGGAGGUGAUGAAGGAAGGCGUACUACAGAAGAGGAGUGAGGGUCUGCUCCAGCUCUGGAAGAAGAAGCAUUGUGUCCUAACCGAGGAGGGGCUUCUGCUGCUCCGUCCCCGGCAAUACCUGGAGGUGUCCCGGCACCAGAGCGGCGUCAGCGGCAGCGGGGCCAAGCAGCUCCGCUUCGGCGACAUGAAGACGGUGGACUGCGUGGAGAGGAAGGGCAAGUACGUGUACUUCACAGUGGUGAUGGCCGACCGGAGGGAGCUGGACUUUCGGUGCCCGCAGGACGCGGGCUGGAACGCCCUUAUCACCCUGGGUAUGGUGCAGUACCAGAACCGGCGGGCCAUGGAAGCUGUGCAGUCCAGCCGACAGAAGCUGGCUCAACGGGGCAUCGGCGUGGGCAUCCACAACGCGGCGUGAUGCCUCUCACCCCGGCCCUGCAGAGGUUCGAAAAACACUACGCUGUAAUCUAGCAUACAGGAAUGGAAAAUGGAAAGCAAAAUCUCUGUCCAUUGCAAAUAUCUGAAUAGCUUAUUAGAUGCUGGAGUGUCUUAAACUAUAAACUCAGCAGAAUGAAUCGACAUGGAACAUUCAAUCAGUAUUCUCCAGGAAGAAGAUUUAAUGAAUUUCAUUAUUGGACAGCGUGAUGCGGACAUUUUAUCAUUAUUUAUAACCUAUUGUUUAUAUAUCCUGGAACGGCCAGUGAUACAAAAUAUGUAAUUGUAAAUUAUUGCUGCCUUUGAUUCUCCUAAUUUAUGAUGUUUUAAUUUAGUGCCUGAUGUUUUUGAAUGUAUGGGUUUUGUUAAAAUGGAGCCAGAGGACUUAGAGCAGAGGCGGAUUAAAGUUAAUAGCCUCUUUAUUCUGUGACAGUGCAUAGAAAGAAAGGGUUUAUAUUCUCUGGUUUAGAAGAACAAGCAGUGAUCUCAUUGUCAGGGCAUCUAAGAAUUUUAUAUGAUUCAUAGCAAAUGUCAAAAGGCUGUUUUCCCUGGUUGGUGAGUUUAGAAAUAGAGGUCAUCAUCGCAAGAUAAAGGGAUUGUGUGAAAUUCCUUCAUUCAGAGGAUUGUGACAUUUUUUGGGUUUUGUUGCCCUUUAAUGGAGUAACUCAGGGGGCUUUUCAGAGGGCAGGUUUUUGAAAUACAGAAACCCAGCAAGCUGUGAUCAAAACGGGGCAUUUGGGUAUUGGAUAACAAAGGGGAGUUGAGUUAGAGGAAUAGCUUGAUUGUGUUAAAUGAAUUGAGUGUUAUCUCAUCUCCAAGACAGAAACUUAGAUUUUCACCUAUUAUUUAGCCAUUGUCCAGCUAUAGAAUCUAAUUGUGUAAGAUUGUGGAGCUGCCAGGUUAUUUCCAAAUCAUGAAUAUAACUCUCAGAAUUUAUGAUUAAGUUCAACGGAAGCUAUUUUCAAAAGCAGAAUGCUGCAAAUCCUGGAAACUUAAAACAGAAGAGAAAUAGCGGGUAAUACUCAGCAGACCGGACAGCAUCUGUAGAGGCAGGAAAAAGAUAAGGUUUUUCAUCAAAGUUAUUUUUAAUAUGGGCUCUUAAGCAUUCCAUGAGUUGGUAAACUGCUUCCAACUAUAAAGGGAACAUACAGUUGUUACUUGGUUAUGUUUAAUGUCCGUUACCGGGAAUUUGUUUUGUUCACAUAUGAAGGAAUGUUCAGCCAUAUCAUUUUAUACUAUGGCCUUUCUGCUUUAUGAAGUGCAGUUAUUACCACAUGAAUGCAGUAGUAUUGUGUAAAAGAGUUUUGCAUACUAUAAAAAGAUAGUAAAGUUAUGUAACGUGAUUUUGUUCUUCAUAAUCAUAGCAUACCACUAAGUCGUCCACAAAUUUUUAGGGUACCUAUCUGAUGCUUAUUUAGCGCUGCUCUGGGUGGGUUGGAUUUAUCUUAAUGCUGUAAUUUAGUAGGAUUCUUAAUAAGAAAGUAGUGCAGAUUCAAUUCACAUGAGAUAGCAUUCAAUUAAGCAUUGAAAUGCAUGGACAGUCUGUGGUUGCAUGGUAUUUUUUUUCCCAGUCUCUUGAGCAUAUUAUAUAAAACCGGAAUGCUAAAAGAUAAUACUGUUCAUGACUUUAUCUCAGUGUAGUCUGGAAACACUAUAUUAUUGCAUCUAGGUUUUGCAUCUUCCACGCAGAUUUAUGCCUCUCAUGGGAUUGACAGAUAUUACAGAGCAGGUACUUUAUUCAUCCACGGGAUGUGGGAUUUACCACCGUUCUUAUUUACUCUCCUUGAAUUGAGUACUAGCCUCUGGCAUCCUGCAGUUAAGAGUCCACCAUUUCACUGUGGCAGGUAAAAUGAUGGGUUUUUACCCCCUAAAAGACAACAGUGAACCAGAUGGUGCCUAUCCAGUGGUUUGAUUGAUAUCAUUUUAAUUUCUGUUUAACCAAAUUUAAAUGCCACAGUUGAACAUUUCUGUCCAAAUCAUUCAGUUAGAUCUAUGAAUUACUGCUCCAAUAACAUAAACAUCACUGCAUAAGGCAUACAAUAUAAGCUGAAGCUUUAUAAGGCAUUGGUUGGACCACAUCUGGAGUAUUGUGAGCAAUUCUGGGCCCUUACCUAAGAAGAGAUGUGCUGACAUUGGAGAGAGUCCAGUGGAGGUUCCACAGAAUGAUUCCAGGAAUGAAAAGUUUAAUGUCUGUGGAGUGUUUGAUGACUCUGGGCCCGUACUCUCUGGAGUUUGGAAGAAUGAGGGGGAUAUCUCAUGGACACAGGAGUAAAAUUAGGCCAUUCGGCCCAAGAAGUCCAUUCUGCUAUUCCAUCAUGGUUGAUUUAUCCCUCUCAACCCCAUUGUUUUCCCUUCUCUUAACUUUUAAUGCCCUUACUAAUUAAAAACCUAUCAACCUCUGCUUUAAAUAUACCCAAUGACUUGGCCUCCACAGCUGUCUACAGCUAUGAAUUCCACAGAUUCAGUGCUCUCUGGCUAAAGAAAUUCCUCCAUCUCUUAUUCUAAAGGGAUGACCUUGUAUCCUGAGGCCAUGUUGUCUGGUUCUAGACUCACCCACGAUAGGAAACAUCCUCAGUGUCCUCUCUAUCUAGGCCUUUCAAUACUGGAUAGGUUUCAAUGUACCUGGACAAAUGUAUGUGCCUUUAAACCAAUCACAAGCCAACAAAUCUAACGUGGAACUAACUUUUCCUGAUAAAUGAUGUCAACAAGUCACUGAUUUAAAAAUCUAAUAUUAUUCCUUUGCAUUUUUUGUAUGAACUAUUAAUAUAGAAACUCAGAAUUUUUUCUUCAGUAUAGAAAUGUCAAACACCGGAGGGAAGAUAUGCUCUUAAGGUUAGAGGGGGAUGUUUAAAGGUGAUGUAAGGGGCAAGUUUUUUACAUGGAGAGUGGUAGGUGCCUGAUAGCAGGUAGUUUGGUAGAUGUAAGAGGCUUUUAGAUAGACACGUGAAUACAAAGGGAAUGGAGGGAUAUGAAUGAUACACAGGAAGAGGACAUUUAAUAUAAAUUGGCAUCAGGAUCAGCACAAAAUUGCAGGCCAAAUAGCCUGUCUACUGCUGUACUGUUCUCUGUUCUACUGCAACUAAGCUAUCACACAAGAUUUGGUUGUGGAAUCUGUUCUGUGUUGAGGUGAGUGAAGUUAUGCUCGUUCAGGAGCCAAGUGAUUCCAUCCAAUUUCAUUAGAGGACACAAUGGGUGUAUUGGCAAAGGGAGAAUAUAAAUUCUCAAAAAUGUUCACUUAGUACUGUUCCUGUCAGUUGGAAUUUAUGCAUGUUAUAGAUCCUUUUCUGCAUUGGAGAAGGGUGGUUGUGUGAUGGUAUUGGUUGGAGGCAGGAAUAAAGAGGGUAUUGGCGUGAUUAGAAUUACAAAAUAGCUCUAUAGUUAAGGCUUCAAGGACUUGAUUUAAGCCUAGCAUAUGUUGAGCUGUUUAGUCAUAGUCGUACUGCAUGGAAAAAGGCCCUCCAGCCCAACUCAUCUGUGCUGACCAUGGUGCCAACUAAGCUAGUUCCGUUUGUGUUUGGCCCAUAUCCCUCUAAAUCCCUCCCAUUCAUGUACUUAUCCAAAUAUCUUUUGUAUGUUGUUAAUAUACCUCCCCUACAACUUUCUCUGGCCAUAUAUUUGCCUUGUGGGAAGAAGCUGUCCCUACAAAUCUUUCACCUGUCAUCAUAAACCCAUGCCCUCUGGCUUUUAAUGUUGUUUCCCUGGGUCAGAGACUGUGCCUUCACCCUCUCUAUGACCCUCAUAGUUUUAUACACUUCUAUAAGGUCACCGCUCAGUCUCCUGCACUCCAAGGAAUAGAGGAGACAUAUAUUUGAUCUCAAGCCAGUGGAGGAAUUGCAAUUAAAUCAGGUGCCCCUGGAUUGAAGGUGGCAGUGCUUUCCUGUUCAGCAUGGUCCCAGUCACCACCCUGUUCUGAAGUCAGAAUUUUAAAAAUGCUAUUUUAUACAGAAUUGAUUAGCAGCUGCAGAUAUUAACCACUUGGUAAGCUGUGUAGGUUCAAAUCCACUUUAUGUACGAUCAAUCACCAUUCACAGUGCAGGUGUUAAAAAUAAAUUGAAGAUGCAAACAGAUGAUACUUUGAGUUAGUGAGGUAAUUCAAGAUUGUUUAAUGUCAUUUCCAGAACACAAGUGUAAAAUAGAAAGAAAUAAUUGUUACUCCAGAUCUGAUGCAGCAAAAAAAAUAAGAUAAAGAACACCAUAAUGAAAACAACAACGAAUAUAAAUGCAUAAGAUAGCUAAUAUCCAUAGAGUGAAGCUGGGCACAGGAGUGUCUGUACAUAAGGUGACUGACAGGAAAUGAUAGACCAGUGGUUGUGGAGGGGUGAGAUGGUGGCUGGAGGUGAUGAUCAGCCUUUCCGCUUGGGGAAAGUAUAAUAUUCUAGAGUCUGGUGGUCCUGACAUAGAUGCUACAUAGCCUUCUCCCUGACGGGAGUGGGUCAAACAAUCCUUGAGUAGGUGGGUGGGAUCCUUCAUUAAUGUUACUGGCCCUUUUUCCUUGUCCCUUUGCUUUGACUAUAUGUUUGGUAUGCUGAAUGACCAUAAGACAUGGGAGAGAAUUAGGCCAUUCAGGCCGUCAAGUUUCUCCACCAUUAUUAAUUCCCUCAACGCCAUUAUUCUGCCUUCUCCCUGUAAUCUUCUAACUUCCACUUUAAAUGUACCCAGUGACUUGGCCUCCACAGUUGUCUGUGGCACAGAUUCGACAAACUCUGGCUAAGGAAAUCCUUUCUCUUCACUGUUCUAAAGAGAUGUCCUAUUCAGAGGCUGUGCCCUCUGUGGUCUUAGACUCCCCUACUAUAGGAAACAUCUUCACCACAUCCACUCUAACUAGGCCUUUCAAUAUUUGAUAGUUUUCGAUGAUAUCCCUCCUCAUUCUUCUAAACUCCAGCAAGUACUGGCCCAGAGGCAUCAAACGCUCCUGAUACAUUAACACUUUUAUUCCUGUGAGCCUCCUCUGGAUUCUCUCCAAUGUCAGCACAUCUUUUCUUAGAUAAGGGGCUCAACGUUGCUCACAAUACUCCGUGUGGUUUCAUCAAUGCUUUAUAAAGGCUCAGCAUCACAUCCCUGCUUUUAUAUUCUAGUCCUCUCAAAAUGAAUGCUAACACUGCAUUUGCCUUCCUUACCUCGGUCUCAGCCAGCAAGUUGUGUCCCUGGCCCCGUGAUGUGCAAGGAGAAACUGCUCUUUACAAGCCUCGCUUGUCUGGGUUGGCUACCCAGUGUCUGCAGCUACCUUGCCUUGCCUUUCAUUAUAGGUUGUUAAUUAGUAAGGGUGUUAAAGGUUACAGGGAGAAGGCAGGAGAAUGAGGUUGAGGGGGGUAAUAAAUCAGCCAUCAUGGAAUGGUGGAACCAACUGCAUGGGCCAAAUGACCUAAUUCUGCUCCUGUGUCUUGUGAUCGUAACCACAUUCAAACAAGGUGGCAGUGCUGUAAAGGGAGGUGGGGACAGGGUCGAAGAAAUCAAUUGUAACACAAAGGCCUCCCAAAUGCUGUGAAAUAAUUGCUCCAUUUUCCCACUGCGUAACUGUGUCUAAAGCUUGGAUGGCUGAGCAGCUGAUUUUAUUGGGUUUAUUUUACGAUAUGCAGCUUGGGUCCUGCGGUUAACAUGCAGGCAAGUAAACCAGAGGCUUGGACCAACAAUCCAGAGACGGGAAUUCAAAUCCCACCAUAGCAGGUGAGGACAUUAAAUUCAGCUAAUUAAAUAAUCUAAUAUUAAUAAAAGCAAAACUAGCUUCGAUAAUGGAAAGCACAGAGCCACUGGAUUGUCAAAAGCCAUUUUGUUUCAUCAGGGCCCAUUAGGUAAAAAUCUGCCGUUAUGCUGUAUGGUGUGUUGGUGACUCCAGAUCCUCAGCAGAGUGGUUGUCUCUGAACAGCCCGUUAAAAUGGCCCAGCAAGCCACUCAAUUGUGUUAAUCCUACAACUAAUAAUUUGGGAAGUCAGCUUGCCACCACCUUCUCCAACGCAGUAUAUAUUGACCUACUGUUAACACUCACAUCCCUUAAACUGAAUAAAGAAAUCUCUCAAUCCUUUUAAUUUAAGGUGUUUGCUAUCCUGUACUUUGGAACUUGAUGCAAGAAAAAUAAGUCAAAGUAACAUUUAUUAUCAAAAUACAUAUAUGUAUUUACUGUCUCUGUCACCAUAUACUACCUUGAGAUUCAUUUUCUUGCAAGUGUUUACAGGAAAAUAAAGAAAUAAAGAAAUAAAGAAAUAAGGAUUUACAAAAAAAACCUGCAUAAAACUGACAAAUAACCAAUGUGUAAAAGAUUUGUGCAAAUAAAAAAAUACU